GUCAGCCAGUCUCGUUGUAGCUCCCGCCGUUGCAAGACGUAUCCCCUAAUCAGUGUCCGGCGCGCGCAGAUAUCAUCACCGCCACCACCACGAGCACGUGCACAUGCCCGCUCUAGGACAAGCAUCAUUCCGUUUUCCUUGAAACUGACAUUCUCUUGGUGUUCCGUUUCGUCCCGAUACUUAAGUAACUUGACGAGUUCCUUGGCAAGUUUUGGUUUGCGUGAUAACAGCUAUUCUUUUUAAUCAGAGAAAUCAGCACAGCAUCUCUAUCUCUCUAUCACAGACAAAAUUAAGGAAAUGUGGAGAAGAAAUCCUCCUGUGUCACUAAUCCCCCUCUCCCUCGCCCUAAUCCUCCCCCUCCUCCCCCCCCUCGCUCAGGGCAACCCAGCUGCGAAGCCCGAUAUCCUAAUCCCGGACUUGGGAGUCCUACUGCAGGACACCCCGACGAGGGAGGGGCGUCACUUCACCACCCUCGACUUCUGCAGCGACGCCGUCUGUGACCAGAUGGUGCGUCAGGCCAACGGCUUGGCCAGGCUGAAGGUGUUACGUCAGUACGUCGUCAAUGCGCUCUCGUCGAUGGAUCGACUCGUAACUGCCCUCGACGCCGAACUGGUCGUAGCGGGUGAACUGUUGACCAGGUCACUGGGCAACAGGUGCCGGGCAGCCCACGCUGUCCUGGCGGACGUCACAAAGGGUCCAGCCGAGAGCGAUCGUCUCAACAGCCGUAGUGCAGCCUUCAUUUACGGUCCUCAUAUUUUGCUGUGAUGGGGUUGCUGAAGCCUGCUUAACCCAUCCCUCCUGCACCAAUACACGUCUCCCAUACUACCCCAUACACACCCCACCCGCCCAAAAAACCGCCCACCCAUAAAAACCUCCACCCCAUUACGCUCACGUUCCCAUCAAGCAAGCGAGCCAUCAAGAUUGAUAAUGGGAGACGCCAUUGUAUCGAACACUUACAGUCGAAUUUUAGGCUAAUUUCGGCGUUUAUUUCAGUAAUCAUACUAUUAUGGGACGAGAACACGGAGAAGCUGAAUUCCAAAUUAUAACACGUGGCUACCACUUUCUUUAAUUAGAACCCAGUAAUACCGGCACCAUGGUUUGAUUAAUCAAUAUAGGCCUAAGGUUUGAAAUGACGGCAUUGGCCAAUUCAUACAUUAAUUUAUCUCCUAAUUUAUUGUUAUUUAUUUCCGCGUUUUGUUAAUUUAUUAAUCGCUGACUUAUUUACGUCGACUAGAGCAGGAAUUUUGUGGAGAGAGAGAGAGAGAGAGUAACAUUGCCUGAUGUUAAGUUUAUAUACAACUAAAUGAUACGUUCAAUAUCUAUGCAUUUCUUAUAAUGAUACUAAAGCUUUAAUAUUAUUUAUGCUGUUGUAUGUUGUUGUUGUUGUUAAUCCAAAUAAAAUGUGUAAUAAAA